AUGAAGUCAAAUGAACGUUUGAGACAAAACACCUGGAAAAUUCUAACGCAGUUUUUCUCACCUGACAAAAACGUUUUCACUUUUUUCCAUUAUUCUCCACACAUGCAAGUCACGUUGAAAGAAGCUUUCAGCACAAUGAAUUUCAAAGAUCCAUUAUAUAAUUUAAUUUGUUUUAAUUUGCAUAGUCUUGACACGUUAAAAUUUCUCUCAUGUCUUGUAAUUUCGCAAAAUCAACAAGACAAACUUACUUUACUACAGCAAAGUGUAGUUCAAGAUGCAAAAUCAGCUUUGAUGUUGAGUGUGUACAUGCAAGUUUAUAUUUUGAUAACUUUUCCUCAUAGCAGCAUAGUUCAAAUUUUGGAAUGUAUAAAACUUUAA